CAGUUGCGGCAGGAGGCGGGCGGGUGUAACCCCGGCGCUAGGCCUGUUGUUGGAAGGGAGAACACUGGACGAUAACCCACGUAACUCGCAUCUCUUGGCCCAGAGUCUGUGCAUGGCGAAGUCCCCAGGGAACUCUUCCCUGGAGGAGAUUCUGGGGAAGUAUCAACGGAGUCUCCGGGAACGUGCCAGUAGAAGCAUCCAGCAACUGAAAUGUAUGCUGAAAGAAAGUGAUGGUGCGAUUGGAGAAGAUGCCCCGGACCCGGACCCUAGCAUCAGUGCAGGAAACGAGGGCACCGAGGCAGCCUGGCACGAACUGCAACACAGUCAUGCUGUUAUUCAGCUCAAGACAUUGUUGCGCCAACAAGAAAGUAAAGAAAGUGAGGCAUCUUCAUUACGAAGACAAAAAAUGUCCCCUUUGAGAUCAUCAGAAUAUGAGGAAACCAGUAUACCUACAGUGCAAAACCUUGUACCUAUCAUUAAUGACCAAUCUCAGUACAUUCAUCAUUUAGAGGCAGAAGUUAAAUUCUGCAAGGAGGAACUCUCUGGAAUGAAAAAUAAGAUACAAGUAGUUGUACUUGAAAAUGAAAGGCUCCUGCAAGAAAUGCAGUCUCAAAGACAAGAGGAGACAAUGAGGGAACAAACAUUUCUGGAUGAAUCUGUGAGACUAAAACUUUGCUAUGAAAAAAAGUCUGAAUUCCUAGAAUCUCAAUUGAAAUCUUUAAGACUGACAGCCAGAGACACAGCCAGAAAACUCAUAUCUACUGGUUCAUUCCCCCAAAGAACCAAGACAGCUGUGGAUGUGCCAGGCGAAAGCCAGGAGCCAGAAACUCAAUCUAGGAAAGACUGUGCUGGAGUUCAGAAAGAUUAUGAAGAUCUUAAAGAGCAGCUAAAGCAUAAAGAGUCUCUUCUUGCUGCUAAUCUUUCUAACCGCGUUGGUGGUCUUUGUUUGAAAUGUGCUCAGCAUGAAGCUGUCCUUUCCCAAACCCAUAGUAACGUUCACAUGCAGACCAUCGAAAGACUGACUAAAGAAAGAGAUGACUUAAUGUCUGCAUUAGUUUCCGUAAGGAGCAGCUUGGCAGAUGUGCAGCAAAGAGAAGCAAGCGCGUAUGAACAGGUGAAACAAGCUGUGCAAAUGACCGAAGAAGCCAAUUUUGAAAAAACCAAGGCUUUAAUCCGGUGUGAGCAGUUGAAGAAUGAGCUGCAGAGGCAGACAGAUCGCCUUGAAAAAGAACUUGCAUCUCAGCAAGAGAAAAGGGCCUCAGAGAAAGAAAGAAUGAAAAAAGAAAUAACAAAGGAGAGGCAGGACUGGGAAUCAAAGAUGUUAAUCCUGUCUCAGAAUAUUGCUGAACUAGAGACCCAGGUGGAAAAGGCUACAAGGGAAAAGAUUUCAGCUAUUAAUCAACUAGAAGAAAUUCAAAACCAGCUUGCUUCUCAGGACAAGGAUGUCACAAAGGUGUGUGGAGAAAUGCGCUUUCAGAUGAAUAAAACCAAAAUGGAGAGGGAUGAGGCAGAAAAGGAACACAGAAAGUACAAAGCAAAAGUUAAAAUGGAUCUUGAAAUUAAAGAUCAGGAAAUCGAGAAAUUGAGAAUAGAACUGAGUGAAAGCGAGCAGCACUUGGAACAGGAGCAGCAGAAAGCAGCCCGGGCCAGAGAGGAAUGCCUGAAACUAACAGAACUGCUGGGCGAAUCUGAACACCAACUGCACCUCACCAGACUGGAAAAAGGUAGCAUGCAGCAGAGCUUUAGCAACGAAGCAAAGGCCCAAGCCCUUCAGGCCCUGCAAAGAGAGCAGGAGCUGACACAGAAGAUACAGCAAAUGGAAGCCCAGCAUGACAAAACUGAAAAUGAACAGUAUUCACUGAUGACCUCCCAGAAUGCAUUUUUGACAAAGUUGAAGGAAGAGUACUGUACAUUAGCCAAGAAGCUGGAUCAGAUCUCUAAAAAAAGCAGAUCUAUGAAAGCUCAACUCAUUCAAGAAAAAAGGUAUACUUAUGACAAACUGGAAAAAUUACAGAGAAGAAACGAUGAAUUGGAGGAGCAGUGUGUCCAGCAUGGGAGAUUACAUGAAAGAAUGAAGCAAAGGCUCAGGCAGCUGGACAGGCAUGGCCAGGCCACAGCCCAGCAGCUGGUGCAGCUGCUCAACAAGCAGAACCAGCUUCUCCUGGAGAGACAGAGCCUGUCAGAAGAAGUGGACCGGCUGCGAACCCAGUUACCCAGCAUGCCACAAUCUGAUUGCUGACCUGGAUGAAACAGAGUGAAAUAAAUGAUUUACAAAGAGGUAUUUACAGUCAUCCAAUUGGUUCUUAGUAUGUCACAAUGCACCACGACCUUCCCGGGGUGACGCCGCCUUGGACUCGAGCGGGCUGGUCCUCACUGCCAGGUUUGUUGGCCCUGUCCUAAGGAAGGGAGAGAGCUGAAGUGACACUAGCGGAGGAGAACGCCUGGGUGUUUCCAGAAAAGGCUUGAUGUGAUGUGUCCUGAACCUGCGCAUGUAUAUGAAAUGUGAUACACAUGGAUUUCAGUAAAUGAACUUUUUAAAGACUUGAAUCAUGACGUUUCCUUUUUGCCUUGUAGAGAUGAACAAAACGCACCCCAAAGGCACAUUUUCCCGAGGCCAGAGUGUAUUAAGGACCAAACUUUUUCCUUGCCAUUCAUUUUUCUUCCUUUUUUGUGAUCUGUGUAUCAUUCUUCACCUUUAUUUGCCUUUAAUUAGCAUCCUGCCAGACUCCAUUAUUAUUCCUCAUCCUUCUCUGUGCACAAUCAGGAGACACCAGGAAGCACUAUGUACUAUUCUUUCCAUUCUGUUCACACAGACUGACAGUACAGCAUCUUUGGCUCGAUGGCGUCAGGUUUUUUUUUUUUCCUUGAUAAUGCAGUAUUUGAGAGAAGCCUAAAAA